ACGUCACGUCGCCAUACAGACGUCAGUCGGCUGUGAAACCGCUCGGUCAAAGAUGGCGGACUCGCAGUCGACGGGUCUGGGGGAGGAAACGGCAAAGGCGAGCUGGGGCAGCACCGCCUGGAAGACGCCGAGAUUUGAGAGACCCAAUGAGACGGUCGGGGGAGCGGGGAGCUUGCGGUUCAACGAUGGCGGUCACAACAAGGGAAGGAAACGCAACCUGUCAGAUCUGUCUCUGGUCAGGUUUGUCACUACUGAGCUGACCAGGGGUUAUUUCCUGGAGCACAACGAGGCCAAAUACACAGAGCGCCGAGAAAGAGUGUACACCUGCCUACGUAUUCCUAAGGAGUUGGAGAAGUUGAUGACGUUCGGCUUCUUCCUCUGUCUGGACGCCUUUCUCUACGUCUUCACGCUGUUGCCCCUCAGAGUGCUGCUGGCCCUUCUACAGCUUAUCACGGUCCCAUGCUGUGGCCUCGGAGGGACUCGCCUGCUCCAGCCAGCGCAGGUGUGCGACGUCCUAAAAGGCUUCAUCAUGGUGCUGUGUUACUCCAUGAUGAGCUACGUUGACUACGCCAUGAUGUACCACCUCAUCCGGGGCCAGUCAGUCAUCAAACUCUACAUCAUCUACAAUAUGCUAGAAGUGGCGGACCGCCUCUUCUCGUCUUUCGGCCAGGACAUCCUGGACGCGCUGUACUGGACGGCCACGGAACCCAAAGAGAAGAAGAGGGCGCACAUAGGCGUCAUCCCCCACUUUCUCAUGGCCGUGCUCUACGUUUUUCUCCAUGCCAUCCUCAUUAUGGUCCAGGCCACCACGCUCAAUGUCGCCUUCAACUCCCACAACAAGUCGCUCCUCACCAUCAUGAUGUCGAACAACUUUGUGGAGAUCAAAGGAAGCGUCUUCAAAAAGUUUGAGAAGAACAACCUUUUCCAGAUGUCAAACAGCGAUAUAAAAGAGAGGUUCACAAACUACAUCCUCCUGCUCAUCGUCUGCCUGAGAAACAUGGAGCAGUUCUCCUGGAACCCCGAUCACUUGUGGGUGCUAUUUCCCGACGUCGCCAUGGUGAUCGCAUCUGAGGUGACCGUCGAUGUCGUCAAGCACGCGUUUAUCACCAAAUUCAACGACAUCAGUGCUGACGUGUACGGAGAGUACCGAGCCAGUCUCGCCUUUGACCUCGUCAGCAGUCGGCAGAAAAAUGCCUAUACAGACUACAGUGACUCUGUCUCCAGAAGAAUGGGCUUCAUUCCUCUUCCUUUAGCACUGCUGCUGAUCCGAGUGGUCAGCAGCUCAGUGAAGAUCCAGGGUUCGCUCUCCUUCAUAUGUGUGCUGCUCUUUUAUUUGGGGCUGAUCACCCUGAAGGUGCUCAACAACAUAGUUCUGCUCGGCACAUCUUGCAUGUUUGUCAAAGAGGCCAACAUGGAGGAGAAGCUCUUCGACCCGCCGCCUUCUGCCGUCUCCAGCCGCGUCAACUCCAGGGCUAAUCGAACCAAAGCAGCGCAUACUGCGCCCCAGCAAGAACCUGCCGCAGACAAAGGAGGAAUACCCCUGGCGUCGGUCAGCCCUCAGCCCGCACACGUGCCAGAAAUCCCCGCCUCCACCGCGCUCCCUAAGAGUGACUCUGACGCUUUCCUCACCACCCCCGACGACGGGGAGGACGACGUCAUUAAAAUCAUCAACACCGACACAGGGCUGGACGAGGACGUGCUCGCGCGUAGAACGCCCAAAAAGGACUUACUGGAGAUAGACCGCUUCACCAUAUGCGGAAACCGCAUCGACUGAACGCCACCGGGGGGGCCGGGGGUGGGGUCGUUGACCUGGAGGCGCACCGCGGCUCAGGGUCCCACACACACAGCUGACAUAAUCAGUAUUUAUUAAUUUAUUACUGACAGAAACCAGCCAAGGCAUUCAGCUGUUACUAUAGGAUGUCCCACCAAAGGACCACCGGGCUCGUAGGGCCCGUUUGCCACACGACCACGGGAGCGCGUGGAGUGUCAAGCAUCUCGUCGAGAGAAAAUGUGAAAAUAUGCCGAGUGGGUUUGCUGUGCUUUAUUACAGCUGCACUGUGUUUGCUCAAACACAAUCCACAGAUGUCAGCCAGGUACAAAACUUUUUUUUUUUUUCAACUUUGGAAAAUUCUUACAUUUUAAAGGAUUUUUAUGGGAAUGAAAAAAAAAAUCUCUGUUUUUAUAGAAAAUGUCAGGUGAUAGACUCCCAGCUGGAAUAUUCACGCCGUUACAAGGCUGUCAUUUUGAAACCAGUUACUGAGUCGCUGAAGAUGACUGCACUGACAACAAACACAGGUGUAAAUGUAGCCAAACACCUUUUUAGAUCGAAUUAUGUAGGGUUUAUUCUUCUUUAAAAAUACCUGCACUCAAUUAUCAUGGCAAUGUUUUUUUAAGUUAUCAAAUGACUGUAAUCGCUUGUUUUUUUUAACUUUUGUUUUUUAACUUGCACUCAGUAACUUAAUCUUUGCAGCUAAAAUCUUUAUCAUUCAAAUAGUGUGUUGCACUUUUUUUUUUUUUACAUCCUCAUUCUUAUUUGUCAUGCUUCAUAUUGGGGUCUAUUUAGAGCAGAGGUGUCCAAAUUACCAGCCUGCAGCUCUAAAUGAAUAAAAAAAGGAAUUCUAAAGUUUAAUUUGAACAGCCUGAUUUAGAAAGGAAGAAUAAGGCUAUUCUGUAAUUUUUUUUUUAACACAAAGCUGAAAAGGAGGCUAUUUUUUCAGCAUAUUGUGACACACAUUAGCUCGCUUUUUAAGUUUUUUUAAUAAACGGUAAAGAAUAUCAAAAUGGCCACUGCAUAUUUUAAUCAUUGUGCAGGGGGAAAUUUUGGAAACCCCUCUUUUACAGGACAGUAGAUCCCGCUACUUGCCAGGGUUUCCUCCCGAACACAAAAAAUAGACCCACCCUCAAAAUUCCUGUUUUUAAAUGUCUAAAAAAAAAAAAACGGGUAAUAUUCCUCUCACUCUUUUUAACUCUGUGAUGCAUCAUGGUCACUACAUUGGACACCCAUUCAAAAGCUGAUUUUUUUCCCUAUCAUGAAGUUAAGUCAAAGUUGCUAUUGUGUCUUGCCAUACCCUGCCACCUGUUGGUCAGCUGUUCUAAAUGCAAAAAAAACUGACAUUCAGAAGUGCAAAACGGGAGGAAUAUCUGUCCAUUCCUCUUUUUCUAAGAAAGCCAUGCAGGUACAAAAGUAUAGGAACAUCAAGAAACGAAUAAGAGUUAACAUUUCUAAGCUUUGAUUUUGUGUUAUGAGGAAAUUGUGAUGAAUUUUGUGUCCACUAAAUUGGACAUCAUGCAUCACUGGCUAUAUUUUGAAUGCCAUGCAUAGUAUUGCUGUGAGUUUUGAAGAUUCUCAAUGUGCAGUAACUUUCUGGCUGCGAAUCAAUUAAUGAAUGCUAUUAGAAUGUAAAUGUAGUUUUUAUUAGAAUAUAGGAAGAAAAUUUUUUUUUUGUAGUCAGGUUGUUUUGCAAUAUAUUUAACAAUAUUGAAAUAUGUGAACAUAUUUUUAAAGUUAAUUAAAAAUAUUUUAUACUAUAUUGUAUUUCUUUUUUUUUUCUUUUUUUUUUUUAGGAAAGUAUUUCAUCAAUUAAACGCAUGUUGUCCACCCCAGUGGACAUUUUUCAA